CUCGCGGUCAUCCAGGCUGGGGCCUUUUAUCUCGGCGCUGCCGGGGAGGCGGGAGGAGGAGACACCAGGGGUGGCCCUGAGCGCUGGCGACACCUUUCCGGGGCUCUAUAAAUUGAGCACCUGGGAUGGGUACGGGGCCGACACCACCUCCGCCACCCGCAGUUUCAGUCCGGCCGCUGACCGCUGCAGUGCUCGCAGGCAGCAGGCGCCAGCAGCGGGAACGCUGAACACUAUCCCGCAGCAGGGCAUCUCCAGGCGCGAGAGGAGGUGGGUGCCCCCGCCCCACCUCGGCCCAGCCAGGCCGGGGUACGGUCUAAGGACCACGCGCAGCCAAUCGUGAGCUUCCGGGCGCCAAAGCCGGAGAAGCCGCGCAUCCCAGGGCCGAGCUGAGAGCGAGACGAGAGUGGAACAGGGCGGAGGAGGAGCCGGGAAUCCCGCCGCCCCGACUCUAGCUAGGCCCCCAGCGCGGGCCUAAGAGAGCGCGUGCAGGCGGCAGCCCCUCGCCCCAGCUGGCCAUCCCGUGCCCCUGCGUUCCAGUACUUCAGCGCCCGCGCAGCCACCAUGAUGCAAAUCUGCGACACCUACAACCAGAAGCACUCGCUCUUUAACGCCAUGAACCGCUUCAUAGGCGCGGUGAACAACAUGGACCAGACAGUGAUGGUGCCGAGCCUGCUGCGCGACGUUCCCUUGGCCGAGCCCGGGCUGGACAACGACGUCGGCGUGGAGGAGGUAGGCAGCAGUGGCGGCUGCCUGGAGGAGCGCACACCUCCGGCCCCUGGCUCAGGCAGCGCCAACGGCAGUUUUUUCGCGCCCUCCCGGGACAUGUACAGCCACUACGUGCUGCUCAAGUCCAUCCGCAACGACAUCGAGUGGGGGGUCCUGCACCAGCCACCUCCGCCUGCAGGGAGCGAGGAGGGCAGCACCUGGAAGUCCAAGGACAUCCUGGUGGACCUGAGCCACCUGGAAGGCGCGGACGCCGGCGAGGAGGACCUGGAACAGCAGUUUCACUACCACCUGCGCGGGCUGCACACUGUGCUCUCCAAACUUACGCGCAAAGCCAACAUCCUCACUAACAGAUAUAAGCAGGAGAUUGGCUUCAGCAACUGGGGCCACUGAGACGGGACCCCCGCGGCUGCCCAGCACCCUUCCCGGCCCCAUCUCUCACCCUCUCUCUUUCCUCAAAGCUAUUUUCUUUCUGACUGUAGGGCGUGGUGGGUGGACUGCAAAGUUGGGGGGCUGCGUAAGUGCUGGAGGCGCGGCGAGGCUGCGUGAGGAGGUGGAGAGGCCUCUUUUGGGGAGAGGAGAGUAAAGUGGUGGUAGGAGAGAGGGGGCGCCUCAAGGACCUCCCUCUCUCCCGCAGUAGGGGGCCAGUGUUCUAUGCUUGUAGGAUGGGACUGGGCUGACGCGCGCAUUCAUCCUGUGCCUUUCCAGGAGUUUCUUUUCUAUCUUUUUCUGGAGGAGAAGGGCCGAGAAGGGGCCAUGCCAGGGCGCGGCGCGGAGUUGCCACACUUGGGAGCGCCGCCCGGAGCUGGGCGCUGGGAAGGCGGGGCGCGCAGCCUCCCGCCGCCCUGCGGUUGGGCUGGUGGAGGCCGCAGCGUUGCUAGGAUUGCAUCAGUUUUCCUGUUUGCACUAUUUCUUUUUGUAACAGUGGCCCUGUCUUAAGUAUUAGAGCUCCGAAACUUCGGCGAUUCCAUUGUGAUAAGCGCACAAACGUUACUGUCUGUCGGUAACCGGUACUACUUUAUUAAUGAUUUUCUGUUACACUGUAUAGUUGUCCUGUGGCACCCCUACCCUAUCCCUUUCACGCCACUCCCGCCCCCACCCCAGUGUGUUUAAGCUGGCACUAUGCCCGCUUGUACCAAGCUUGCCACCCAGCCAGUGAAAAUAAUAAUGUUAUUAUGAGAAAGUGGACUUAUCCGAAACGGAACCAACUGACAUUCUAUCCGUGUUGUACAUAGAAUAAUGAAGGGUUCCACUGUUGUUAUAUGUCUUAAAUUUAUUUAAAACUUUUUUAAUCCAGAUGUAGACUAUAUUCUAAAAAAUAAAAAAAAGCAAAUGUGUUAACAAAACUA